GUGCGCCACAUCGAUCGCGCUCGCGGUGUUUCUGUUUCGAUCAAGCGAACGGUGAACUUUUGUAAUCGCGAUUGUCGCUCUACUUAUUCGUUUCUACUAGUCUACAAAAUGGCUGAAGAGUGCAAUGGUCUUGGAAGUUCUACUACUUCUGUCGUUGAAAAUGCUUUAUUGGAACCUUCAAAUGGCUUUCUGGAGAAGGAGCUGCCAUCUGAAGGGUGUUCUCCUGCUCCAUCAAACUGUUCAUUCAUCAGUGAACAAGAAGUUCAUGAAGGAGGGCUUAUUCAUAGGCAAUCACCAUUCCUCAAUUUCAAUCAGGCAUCUCCAAAUGCUUUUUGUCCUUUUCCCCGGCCUGACUUCUUGAACAGUUCCAUUGCCGAUUCCGAAACUUCCUCCCGUUCUUCGUUGGAUGGUUCAUUUCUUUCGAAAGAAUCCUCAUCUGAAGGGAUGGAAAAGUUCCGCGCUCAACGGUCUACACGAAAGUUGUCAUCAUCAUCGAGCGAUUCGGACGGCAGUGAACUAACAGUGGGUGGUGGAUCAAUAGAUGGUGAUGAACCAGUCGUAAGAAAAAUGAGCAAGACUAAAGCGGCAGAGUCUAAUUUGCCUGUAGCUCGAAGAUUGGACGCUCCAAGAGGACGAAUUGCCAACAUUCGUCGUGAAAGUGACUGUUCACUCAAUAAUGAGGUAGCGUUUGACCACAUUACAUUUUUUCUUUGGGAUAGCUCGCUCAUUCUAUCCUAA